CUAGGAACUACAUUUCCCAGUGAGGGAGCGGCUCCGGUAGGCUGUCUGCGCCCGGCAUCGCAGUGUCGGCUGCUGGAGAGCGUGUGAUGGGCACGGCGGCAAAGGGCUGUUUUUUCCUUCCCUCCCCUCGGAGUUGAGGCGGCGCCGGCUCUGCUUUCCCUCGCGCCCUGUCCGGCUCCCCGUGUCAGCUUUAACUGGGUCCCACCAGGAAAGCUGGGGCCUUCAGGUUCGAAGGUAGCAGCUGCUGCCCCGCACCGGAGUGAAGGGCGCACCCCUCUUCAGUCCAGCCAACCCCGCGCCCGGCCGGCGCUUCCAUGGGCCCAACCCGGAAGCCCAACGUGUGUCGCCGGCUGAGUCACCGGGCGCUGGGCUGCUUCUCGCGCGACGCAGGCGUGGUGCAGAGGACGAACCUGGGCAUCCUGCGGGAGCUGGUGUGCCAGGAAAGUACUAAAUUUAAGAACGUUUGGACAACUCAUUCCAAGUCACCUAUAGCCUAUGAGAGAGGAAGAAUAUAUUUUGACAAUUAUCGGUGCUGUGUCAGCAGCAUUGCAUCAAAGCCAAGAAAACUUUAUGAAAUGCCAAAAUGUUCCAAAUCAGAAAAAAUAGAGGAUGCUUUAUUAUGGGAAUGCCCAGUGGGGGAAAUAUUUUCCAAUCCAUCUGAUUAUAAGUCCUCACUCAUAGCACUGACUGCUCAUAAUUGGCUACUUCGUAUAUCAGCAACUACAGGAAAAAUCCUUGAGAAAAUAUAUCUUGCUUCUUAUUGCAAAUUCAGAUACUUGAGCUGGGAUACUCCUCAAGAAGUCAUUGCAGUCAAGUCAGCUCAGAACAAAGGCUCAGCAAUGGCCCGGCAGGCAGGCAUUCAACAACCUGUUUUGCUGUACCUCGCAGUGUUCCGAGUUCUACCUUUUUCACUUGUAGGGAUUCUAGAGAUCAACAAAAAGAUUUUUGGGAACAUUACAGAUGCCACCUUGUCUCAUGGAAUACUGAUUGUGAUGUACAGCUCAGGACUGGUCAGACUCUAUAGCUUCCAAGCCAUCACUGAACAGUUCAUGCAACAGAAACUUGACUUAGGGUGUGCAUGCAGAUGGGGUGGGACUACUGGAACUGUAGGAGAGGCUCCUUUUGGCAUUCCUUGUAAUAUUAAAAUCACAGACACGCCACCACUGCUCUUUGAGGUGUCAUCCCUGGAGAGUGCUUUUCAGAUUGGAGGCCAUCCUUGGCACUACAUCAUAACACCUAAUAAGAAGAAACAGAAAGGAGUUUUCCAUAUAUGUGCCUUAAAAGACAAUUCCUUGGCAAAAAAUGGAAUCCAGGAAAUGGAGUGUUGUUCUCUAGAAUCUGACUGGAUCUAUUUCCAUCCUGAUGCUUCUGGUAGAAUAAUACAUGUUGGCCCAAAUCAAGUCAAAGUUUUAAAGCUGAGUGAAAUAGAAAAUAAUAGUUCUCGGCAUCAGAUCUCUGAAGAUUUUGUCAUUUUGGCCAACAGGGAGAAGAAUAAAAAUGAAAACCUCACUGUCACAGCUUCUGGACGGGUGGUAAAAAAAACUUUUAACCUUCUGGAUGAUGACCCAGAACAAGAGACUUUCAAAAUUGUGGACUAUGAAGAUGAGUUGGAUUUGCUUUCCGUGGUAGCUGUUACUCAAAUAGAUGCUGAAGGAAAAGCUCACUUGGAUUUCCACUGUAAUGAAUAUGGAACUUUACUUAAAAGCAUUCCACUAGUGGAGUCGUGGGAUGUGACAUAUAGCCAUGAAGUCUAUUUUGACAGAGACUUGGUGCUACACAUAGAACAGAAACCCAACAGGGUCUUCAGCUGCUAUGUUUACCAGAUGGUAUGUGACACUGGGGAAGAAGAAGAAACCAUAAACAGAAGCUGUUAAAAAGAGCAAGAUAAUUGUAAAUUAAGAGACUUUUAGCCAGACACACCAACAGCUGUGUCCAUUCCUCCUUCUUAUUAUCUGCAUGGCAUAUUUUCUAGAAAAAGUCUUAUGUUGACUUCAGAUAACCGUGACUUAUUUUUUAAACUUGCCAUUGAAGGUGUUGAAGGCUUCAUUCUGUGUAAAGGUUUUUUGGUUUUUUGUUCAUUUUUUUGCGGCUGGCCAUACGGUAAUCUGAACCCUUGACCUUGGUGUUAUAAUACCAUGCUCUAACCAGCUGAGCUAACUGGCCAGACUUAUAUGUAGAGGUUUUUUAGAAUGCUGUCCCAAGAAGUCUAGUAUUUUGGAGCUUUUAGCUAGGCAGUAAUGCAAAUAUAAAAUUCUGGAGAACAGGGAAGGACAGGUUAAUUCCAUCUGUUGAAGAGAGGGUCAUUGAUGGGGAGAUGAUUAACACGGUUCUUAAAGGGUGGUAUGGAAUUUUGAUUGGUAAAGCUAGGAGAGAGACAUAAAAAUAAAAAUAAAGAAGAAACACAUAAAAAAUUCUAUAUCCUCUGUAUCAAACUUUGCUUAAGAAUGAGAAAUGAGAUGUAUAAUAUGAAAGCAUACUUUUGAGCCAAAAAUGCAUCAUCACAAUUUAAAAAAACCCUUAUAUAUGUAUAUAUAUUUUGUACUUGUAUAUAGUAUAAAGUAUUGGUUUUAAUUCCCUUA